AUGGCUUCAUCUGCGGUGCUGACGGAUUCGCCACUGUCACGAAGCAGUGUGUCGUUUGCCAGCGCAAAUUCCUCAUCCUUGUUCCCUUCUUUCAUCGUCUCGCCAUCUCCAAGCUCACAGUUGUGUGCAAAGACAGGUGUCUCCGCUGGCGCAGGCUGUGACGCGACUGGUCAAGACUCCUCCAAAGACGAAAAUACCAUGACAACCUCAAGCUUUGACUCGGCUGAGACUACAUUGCCGCCAAUACCCAUCACAGCGACCUUAACGCCACCAGACAUACCAGACGACUCGACUUUGCGGAUCAUUGUCGUCUCAUCGCCAAGUUCAAGCACAAGCAUAAGCGCAACGACAACCUCAUCGGAAGUUCUCCCUACCAAGUCGACGGAAACUCUGACCGUUUUUGUUUCAACCAAAGUUAAGCCAGGUACAACAUCAUCAUGGAUUGCGAGUGUCGUUGAAAGUACCAACCGCUCUUCUUCCAGAACGUCUGUCACGCCGGCUCCAGUUAUUACGUCGACACUGGCCACAGUAGCACGAACUUCUCUUACUCCCACUCUUUCUACUCCUACAACUUCUCACCCGACUACUGCUACAGUUAGUUCCACAUCCAUGGUAACUUCCUGGACUACAUCCUCAGCCUUGUCUCCAUUCUCCGCGACCCCUUUGACGACGUCUUUCAUUUCGGCUGAUCCAGCGCAGCCAUCUUCAAUUGUUACAGAAGUGACUAUUUCAUCCGCCGCAGCGACAGAUACCACGCUCGUCAUUACUCCAUCGGCUUCGCACAAUUCUUCUUCUACCUCGGGAUCAUCACAUUCUGCCCACUCUCACACUCACCCCCACCCCGUAAUACUCAUUGGAGUGGCUGUGGCAGGUGGUCUCGCGGCACUGACCCUGCUCUUGCUGUGGCUAUGGCGUCGGUUCCACACUGCGUCGUUCAACACAGCACGAGCCAAGAUCCCGGGAUGCACAACCUUUCGACAGUGGAGAGACAGACGCAAGCGAGAACGACGCACGCGCAGCCUGCGCACAAUGGAGGCAUUGUCACACUCGGAAAGCUACAGUUACAACUAUGGGUACAGGUACGGACACAAAAGCAGUGACAUUGUCGGUGGUGGAGGUGGUGGUGACACAUUUGCGCGACGUCUGCAACAGUAUGAAGAAGAGUCUAAGCGUGCAAGGGAGAAGUACAGCUUCGAAGCACCAGCCACGCCACUUUCGGGUGGUGGUGGUAACAAGAAGACAACAUUCGGCGGCGGUAGCAGCAGCGCCAAUUCAAGCCCAUGGUACAAGGGCAAAUCUACCACUGUCCCCACGACUCCCAAGAGGAGCGUGGAAAGAAAUAAUACUGCACCUGGUGCAGCAACAGCGGCAGGAGCAGGAGCAGGAGCAGGAGCGAGUGGCGUCGCUGGUCGACGCAUGUACGGGCCAUUCAAGAGGGAAUUUAACGAGGAGACGGGCAGCCUGGAGAGUUGGGAGGAGAAGUGGUUUUCGCUGGGCAACGAGGCCGAAUCGGGCGGCGAUUUCGAGAUGAAGAGCAUGGCGAAGAAGCCCUUUGAGGGCCAUGCAGAGCGUGUUGCCGGGCCGGGCAUGUCCUGGUGA